GGAAGUGUCGGGCGUCUAGCUGACAGCAAUGAAAAUGUGCGGGAUUGUGCGGGUUGCGAUGCGGCCAGUGGGCGAAGAGUCGACUGAAGCAGCGAUGUAGAAGAGAGAUUGAGCGCCGGUCGCGCUUGGGCAAUCUGCCGUGUGCAGCGUAGGAACAGCAUUGUGUGUGUGACUGAUGAUAUCCAGGUCGCCGUCAGUCGCUCGUUGACAGCAUCAAGCACUCAGCACUCAGCACUCAGCACUAUCGCCGGCGUGCUACGAAACUUGACGCUUGGACCAUGACAUUUUUCUCGACUUUCGCGAAUCCGUCUUCCGCUCCGCAACAAAGAUAACUUGCAUUUUAUUCUGCAACUCAAUCAUCUAUACAAUGGCCUCGACUACUCCUUACCCGCCCUCUCGCUCACAUCCCUCGACUCGCAUCUCCUCGGAAGAUGCUCUCUCAUCACUAAGCACCUUCAUCGCUUCCUCGGAAUCUACUCCAUGGCUUCACCCCGAUGCUCGCAUUACUCCCGAUGAGAUCAAAUACUCGACCAAUGGAGGUCCCCAAGGAGGAAUCAUCAUGCAUCACUUGCGCCGUAUCGAGAAGGGUCUGAAUGGCGAGAUUCUUGCUCCCGAGCCCGACGAUAUCUUUGGUCUGCCUGAGGGUGAUGAUGCCAACCUUGACAGCCUCUCUGCUGGCUACCAGACUUCUCUGGACGGUGGCUUGAAGAAGGGCGCUCUGAAGAAGUUCGAAGACGAAGGCGAGGACCCCGAGACAUAUGCGCGCAACCAGGACAUUCUCGAAGGCGACGUCGGCGAGAGAGAUACUAGUCAUGCUUUCGCUAGCUACGACGCAGAUGCCAUGGAUGUUGAUGACGAUGCCUACGCUGGGACCGGCGGCCUGUCUAAGGCUGAGAGAGAGGCCAGAAAGGAAGCAAAGAAGAACAAGAAGAAGGCCAUUGCUAGAGAAAAGGCCGAGAAGGGCAGAGCAGAGGACUGAUCGAUACAUACCCACGACACGACUCCUCAAACCCCGACUAUAGCCACUGCACAUACAUCGGCAGGCACUACCUCGACCCGCUUGCGCACGCACUACUGCACUGGGACGACAUAUUGAGAGCGGACUUGUACGUCCUCGACAAAGUUUUAUUUACGACACAGCUGUACUACAGCUCACGGCCUGUGGCCUCGGCCGUCUUUUCAUCCAAGACCUCCUCCUUUUCUUGGCUCACUUUCUUCUCGCUGGUCCAGCCAACGGCCUUCAGGCGUUCCGUCAGGAUUGGGUGAGAGUAAUGGAAGCUGGAGUACAUCCAGUCGGCAUCCAUACUCGAGAGGUUCUGAAUCUGGAGCUUGAUCAAAGAGCUGGCCAAUUCCGCCGAGUAUCCGAGCUUGAG